AUGAGGCGCAGCUUGGGCGCGGCCCGCAGCCUCUCCAAUUGGGCUCCGGUCCUCGUCCUCGGCAACGGCGCCGCGGGCGCCGAGAAGCAGGCGAUCGCGCUCGCGGACGCGCUCGGCCUGCCCUACCAGGUCGAGCGGCGGGUGCCUUCGAGGGCGGCGAUGCGGCUGCCGCUGCCCACGCAGCUCGCAGUGCAGUCGCUGCUCGGUCCGCACGCGCUGGGGCUGGGAGAGCCGCCGCAGCCUCCCUUCCCGCUCCUCGCCAUCAGCUGCGGCCGCGCGAGCGUGCCUGCGAGCGUGGCGGUCCGCGAGGCGAGCGGCCGCGCCACGGCGACAGUGCACGUGCAGCGGCCGCUGUGCGACGCGUCGCGCUUCGACAUGGUGGUCGCGCCGCGGCACGACUUUGCCGGAGGCGAGCGCUCCGCCCCGCCCAACGCACUCCUCACGGCCGGUGCGCUCGGCGGCUUGCCGGCCGAGGCGCGGGAGCGGGCGCGAGAGGAGUGGGCGGCGACGGCGUCGGCACUCCCGCGCCCGCGCGUCGCCCUGCUGGUGGGCGGUCCCGUGACGCGGCGGUGUUCCUCGACGCGCGCGCCCGACCGCGCACCCUAG